GAUGCUGUAUAAUCUUCCAAUUCCAUACCAUUGAGUUAUGGUCAUUAAAGCAAUGUCAAGCUGCUUUAUUUCUGCAGUGAUGCAGCAGCCUGCUAGAAUGUAUACUACUUUGCCUUAGGUCAGGUGUAUUGUGGCUUUCGCUUGCAGUGUGUUCUGCAAGGGGCCCAGUGUGCUUUCUGUAUGUAGCAUGCAUUGUAGUGGAUCUCUGGGCAAAGUUUUGUUAACCUUUACUAAUAUUCUGCCUUUAAAAGCUGCUUCCUUAGCAACACUGCUUCGUGUUCAUUGUUUAACAUGAGCUUCUCUGUGGUGGCAGCAGGUUAUAAGGUCUGAGUUUCUUCCUUCUUCCUUUAGUGUCUUCUUCCAUCCUGGUAUCCAGUCUGAGAAAGCAUCCUGUUUUAUGGUUUGGAGCUUGCUCUGAGUACUGUAUUGUUUUUUCUGAUGAUUAUGCUAAUACACCCAUCCAUCCAUAUUUGCAGAUUUGGUUAUUCACAGAUCUGAUGAAUAUGUUUUCUCUAGGAGUAUCUAUGUCUUCCAGUGCAAUUCUUAACUAAAACUUGCACUGAAAGACCUAGAGAUUCCUGGAGAGAAUACUCUGCUAGGCAUUUGCAGAUCCUCUGGCGCAGUGCUAUGGUCAGUGUUUGUUGGACGUUGACCAUAGAGUUGCGUUGGAGGACCUAGAGAUUCCUAGAGAGGUGUCCUCUCAGGUAAAAACAUGUUGGUUUUGUUAUUUGCGUUUUUUCCAUAUUCACAGGGGUCUUAAGCCCCUAUCCCUAGCGAAUAUGGAGGGGCAAGUGUAUUUUCAAUGAAGGUGUCCUGAAACUUGGGCAUGUUCCUAGUGUUUAUAUUUGUUUUUAAUAUGUUUUGUUACUCAUCUCCAAAGCUCUUAACUGAAAGACAAACUAUAACUGUGUCAAUUGAAGUGUUAAAUUUCCAAGGAGCAAAAGAAAUUCCCGGAGAAGCAAUUCCUGAAACUGAAAUGUAGGAUUCUAUAAAAUGUAUCUUCUGCAACAACAAAAAGCGUGACUUUUGUCUCCAUCUCCCCAUAACAGGGUCUGCUUCCAUCUGAAAAUGAGCAAACAAAAGAAGGUGAUGUGUGUUGAUCAGACAACAAACCUUGACCAGUUUGAUCCUGAUAUCAUUGCUGAGACUGAGAAGCUGUUUCAGAAGCAAUUUUUAUACACCAAACCACCCAACAAUGAAUGGCAGCUUCCUGAUCCCAGCCAGGCUUUUACCUGCAACCACAGUGAGUUCAGUUCCCUUGUGGCUCUGAAAAAUUCUCUGAAUGAAGUCAAAAACAGGUUGAGUGAUAAGAAAUUAGACGAGUGGCAUCAACACACAUCCUUCACCAAUAAAGCCGGGAAAAUCAUUGCUCAUCUCAAGAAGUCUGUGAAUGCCGAGUUGUGUACCCAGGCUUGGUGUAAGUUCCACGAGAUCCUGUGCACCUUUCCUGUGCUCCCAAAUGAAGCACUUCAAACUGGAGAACUCAACUCUGUUCACCUCUGUGAAGCGCCUGGUGCCUUUAUAGCUAGUCUCAACCACUACCUAAAGUCUAAUCGUAUCCCUUGUGAUUGGAAUUGGGUAGCCAAUACCUUAAACCCAUAUCAUGAAGCGAAUGAUAACCUCAUGGUGAUUAUGGAUGAUAGACUUAUUGCAAACACUUUACCCUGGUGGUAUUUUGGCCCUGACAAUACUGGGAAUGUCAUGACCCUGAAACAUCUCACUGGACUGCAGCAUUUCAUCAGCAACAUGGCAACCGUUCACCUGGUCACAUCUGAUGGGAGUUUUGAUUGCCAAGGAAAUCCCGGUGAACAAGAAGCACUUGUUUCCUCUUUGCACUAUUGUGAAACAGUCACUGCUUUAAUGACGCUUGGCCUUAGGGGCUCUUUUGUCCUGAAGAUGUUCACUUUGUUUGAACAUUGUUCUGUGAACUUGUUGUUUCUGCUGAACUGUUCUUUUGAAGAAGUUCGUGUUUUUAAACCAGCCACCAGCAAAGCAGGGAACUCUGAGGUAUAUGUGGUUUGCCUUCACUAUUUGGGUAGGGAGGCUGUUCACUCACAUUUGUCCAAGAUGAUGCAGCACUUUGGAACAGAAGUGGUGGAGAAAGCCCUUUUCCCUCAACACUUAAUUCCAGAAUCGUUCCUUAAAGUUCACGAGGAAUGCUGUUCUUUCUUUCACAGGCACCAAACAGAGACAAUUUUGGACAACCUCAGACUCUUUGAAUGUAUGGAUGAGGUGGAACAGGCAAGGCUAAAUAUUUUACGGGAUUGUGCUGUCGAGUUCUAUCUGCAGAGGUUCCAGAUGAAGCCUAUUGCUAGAAAUAACUGGCUAGUGAAAAGGCCCCAUGCUAGCUGCAGCAUGAAUACUAAAUGGUGUGGACAGAGGAACAGAUAUUUUUGUACAUAUAAUGAAAGGAAGUUAAUGGAAUCCCUUUCAUGGAAAAAUAAAGUAAUAAAGGGUUGUCUUAACCACUGGGCUGAAGAACACUCCCUUGGUAAUGCUGGCAAAAGCUGUAUUUUAGAAGGGGCGACUUGUAACCAAGACUAUCACUUGUGGUAUGUAUUGGAGGGGCGGAGGUUGCCGAAAGUUACAUGUUCUCCCUUUUGUGAUGGUGAGGCCUUGAAGAGCCUCAAUGAAGCCCUGGAUAAAUCUUUAGUUGGUCAAGUAAGUGCUGACACCCUCAUGAGACUGACACAGCAAGAAUGCCAAUCGUGCCAUGUUCUUACAGAACACGUGAUACUGUCUGAAUUGGCCGACCUUAUGGAAUGCCACAAACAGUCUUCAGAUGAAGAUUGCAUUGACCAGAGAAGAUGCUUGGUUGUGGGCUUCCCAUCAUUUUGUGCUGAAAGCCAAUCUGGUUUGGAAGUUAAGUUGCUGGAGUCAGGAUCUUUUUCCGCUUCCAACUGUUCAUUACUUCAUGAUGGAGACCCAAAGUAUCAACAAGAACUUUUGGAAUGCCUCUUGUAUUUGUUUCCUCAGCUUCAGAAAGGAAAUUCUUUGGUUCUGCCUAUUCUUUCCUGUUUUACACGCUUCAUGGCUGGCUUAGUUUUCAUAUUGCACAGCUGUUUUCAGCGCUUAUCAUUUGUCUGCCCUAUAUCAUCUCAGCCUUUAGGGACAAGUGCAGUACUGCUGUGUGUUGGCUAUCAAGGUCUUCCAGAUCCAGUGUUCCAAUACUUGCAGCAGCUGAAUAAACUCAUGAGCACCUUGCUUGACUCAGACUCCUCACAGCAGGUCUUGCAAUUUUUGCCUAUGGAAAAUCUUUUAAAAGGUUUGCUCUUGGAGUUCUUAUGGGACCUAAACACUGCCAUUGUAAAACGACGGUUGCAUCUGAUUAUCCAGAUUGAACAGCAGCAUAGGACGUGAUAUUUAGUUUGAAACACCAGAUUAAACACCAGAUUGCUGCAGUCCCUUUCAUCUUGCUACUUAUUUUUUUUUUCCUUUUCUUAACACCAAACCUAGAAAAUAACUUUUAAAAUUGUGAGACAUGAGACCUCUUCUGCUGUCCUUUGUACUGCAUCUGCUUAUGCCCAUUUAAGCCUGGGAAACACACAAAGUAAGUGAUAAAAAAAACAAUUAUUUAAGCUGGGGAAACAAAAGUAAAACACUGUAGAUGAUGUUGCUCUAGCCAGCAGAGCCAAGGGUGAGGGCUGAUCUGGACAGCUAUGAAUUUUCCACUGUGCUUUAAAGGCUGACCAAAUAUGCCUAGUUUAGACUUUGUUCAGAAGUGAUAUAGGCUUCCUAUAUAGUCAUACACAAUUGCAUAGGAGCUGUUUCCCCAGAGUAUGACUGAUUCCAUGCAGCUGGUGUGUGAGAGAGUGUAAGUGAGACAACAUUAAACAACCACAUGUGCAAUAGAGCAAUUCUCUCGGGCUUCUCAAACAAAUCGGUUCCCAUCCAGGAUUGUUAAACCAACUGUUCUAUUCAUGCACAUUAUAUUUGUGGCUGCUUAUGAAGAGACUUAAGGAUGUGUUGAGAGAAUCAAAACACCAUCUAUGCUCCUACCAAUACUUUGAGAAGAAGCAAAUUGUCGAGUUUGUUAAACUUCUGUACUGCCAAAUGUAGAGCAACUUUUCCAUUGCUGUUCAAAUGUACUGGACCACAGUGGCCAUCACCCAGACUGCAUAGUCACAGUGGGUAGAAGCCUUUGCUGUUGUAUUCCAAUAUAUCUGGAGGUUGCCUGGAUAGGAAAUAAUAUUCCUGUUAUGUGCACCAGCCUUAUUCCAGUUGUGUAAAAUCGUUUUGGAGUAUCCUUCUUCUUGGAACAUUCCUGGGAAAUUAUGUGUGGUAAAAAACAUAGUUCACUUGUAUUAAACAAACGUCCUAUGUUGAUCACAAAAGUUACCCACCAGGCAAGUAUAUAUAGACCAUUAUUAUCUAUUAAAUGAGAUAAGACUUGGUUCUCUCUCCCCCGUUUUCAUUCCAGUGAGCCUGCUGCAUCGACAGGCUAGCAGUCUGUGGGUUGGAGCAUCCAUAUCUCACUACACCCCAUAUUAUUCCGUGGUGGUGCAGACAUGCAAUUGCACCAGUGUAGAUGCACACAUGUCGCCACCCAUUAAAUACUAUUGGGUGCAACCGUAUGGGUUUUCCCCAUCUGGUUGGGGUGGUGUUGGAACUGAACGUCCACGGAUGAGAAGGGUCCACGGUAAUGGCAUGUGAAUCUUGUGGCUCUCUGGAUACUGCUGGACUAUAAGCCCCAGCAGCCCUAGCCAACUUGGUCUGUAAUGGAAUGCUGAGAGUUUCAGUCCAACAACAUCUGAAGGGCCACAUGACUGCCACAACCCCUGAAUAGAGAAUAAAUUGAAUGCUGGGAUUAUUUGAGUAUAGGUGCUUCAGCCUUAAUGUAGUAGCAUAUAUUAUUGGAUAUGCUUGAUUCUUAGUUCAGGUGUUUAGUUCAACAUAGAGAGGUCUAUAUAAUUGUCAAAAGACCGAGAUUGGAUUCUGUCUACAUUAUAGCCAGUAGUCUGGAAAAAUAUUAAGGUACUAUUCAAGUAGUAUAUGAGUAACAAGCUUCCAUUAUGGAGUCAAAGGGAUAGGAGAAAUGGAGUGGAGGAAGGAGUUAAGCACAUUUCUCCUUACUGCACAAAAAGUUACAUUUUUCUACAUAUUAUCAUUUUACAGCUUUUUAAUAGUCUGUUUCCAGAACUGUUUUGCUUUCCAAAAACCUUAAUUCCAGACAUGAGUGUCCACAGAGGUACACAACAGAAGUAAACAAAGCCUUGUCAGGCAGGAGUCUGUGCUCAGGAAUCAUUGUCUUUUUGCCCUGAUUUUUUAAAAUAGGGACUUGCAUUUCUUUUCACAGAAAAAUGUUUAUAUGCUGUAGUAGCUGGAUAUUUCUACACUGUUAAAUCUGGUUAUUAAAUCAAGUUGGCAUAUUGUUAUUCUCCAAAUAAUUAUUUUCUUUCAUUAAUUUUGGAAACUUAAUUUGUUUCCUUAUUUUUAAGUUAAAUCCUUGAAAAGAGUGACUGUUUUGGAACAAACAGCUGGAAGGUUGCAGCCUAAUGUUAUUUGGACCUAGCUACAUUUUAUUUGUGUUCUAAUCUUGUCUGAAUUAGGAGAGCAAUGCAAGUUUGAUUUAGAAGAAGAAAGUUAAAACAUUUUCUCCAGAUUUUGAGAAUAAAAUAUCUAUUUUCUCUGUG